CGGAAGCAAAACGGAAGUGGACCUGCACCCGCUUCCGGCCCGGGCGCCAUUUCCAGCGGUUGCAGGUUCUCACGGGUUGAAAUCGCCCGGGACCAUGAGCUAUGACUACCAUCAGAACUGGAGCCGCGAUGGGGCGCCCCGCGGCUCUGGCGGGGGCUAUGGAGGGGGUUAUGGUGGGAGUCAUGGCGGAGGCCGUGGAGGAAACCGAGGCUCCGGCGGCGGAGGUGGUGGUCGCGGCGGCCGGGGCCGACAUCCCGGGCACCUGAAAGGCCGCGAAAUCGGCUUGUGGUACGCGAAGAAACAGGGGCAGAAGAACAAGGACGCCGAAAGGCAGGAGAGAGCUGUAGUACACAUGGAUGAACGCCGAGAAGAGCAGAUUGUACAGCUACUCCAUUCUGUCCAGGCUAAGAAUGAUAAAGAUUCAGAGGCACAGAUAUCCUGGUUUGCUCCUGAAGAUCAUGGGUAUGGUACUGAAGCUCCAGCUGAGAAAAAACCAAACUCAGAGAAGAAACUUGAGGACCAUGAAAAAAAAUUGAUAAAUCAAGAAAAAAGGACAUUUAGAAUCAGGGACAAAUACAUUGACCGAGAUUCAGAGUAUCUGUUACAAGAAAAUGAACCAGAUGUAACCUUAGACCAGCAAUUAUUGGAAGAUUUACAGAAGAAGAAAACUGACCAUCGGUAUAUUGAAAUGCAGCACUUCAGGGAAAAGCUGCCUUCAUAUGGAAUGCAAAAGGAAUUGGUUAAUAUGAUUGAUAACCAUCAGGUAACAGUAAUAAGUGGUGAAACUGGUUGUGGAAAAACCACUCAAGUUACUCAGUUUAUUUUGGAUAACUACAUUGAAAGAGGGAAAGGAUCUACAUGCCGGAUAGUUUGUACUCAGCCGAGAAGAAUUAGUGCCAUUUCAGUUGCAGAGAGAGUAGCUGCUGAAAGGGCGGAAUCUUGUGGCAAUGGGAAUAGCACCGGAUACCAAAUACGCCUCCAAAGUCGGUUGCCAAGGAAACAGGGUUCAAUCUUAUAUUGUACCACAGGAAUAAUCCUUCAGUGGCUUCAGUCAGACCCGCAUUUAUCUAGUGUUAGUCAUAUUGUGCUUGAUGAAAUCCAUGAGAGAAAUCUACAGUCAGAUGUUUUAAUGACUGUAAUUAAAGAUCUGCUCAAUUCCCGACCUGACUUGAAAGUAAUAUUGAUGAGUGCAACCUUGAAUGCUGAGAAAUUUUCAGAAUAUUUUGGUAACUGUCCAAUGAUUCAUAUACCUGGUUUUACUUUUCCUGUUGUGGAAUAUCUUUUGGAAGAUAUAAUUGAAAAAAUAAGAUAUGUUCCAGAACAAAAAGAACACAGAUCCCAGUUUAAGAGAGGUUUCAUGCAAGGGCAUGUAAACAGACAAGAAAAAGAAGAAAAAGAAGCAAUGUAUAAAGAACGUUGGCCCAAUUAUGUAAGAGAACUGCGAAAAAAAUAUUCUACAAGUACUGUAGAUGUUUUAGAAAUGAUGGAUGAUGAUAAAGUUGAUCUGAAUUUGAUUGCUGCCCUUAUUCGACACAUUGUUUUGGAAGAAGAGGAUGGUGCGAUAUUGGUCUUUCUUCCAGGCUGGGACAAUAUCAGCACUUUACAUGAUCUUUUGAUGUCACAAGUGAUGUUUAAAUCAGACAAGUUUCUUAUUAUACCUUUACAUUCACUGAUGCCUACAGUUAACCAGACGCAGGUAUUUAAAAGAACCCCUCCUGGUGUUCGGAAAAUAGUAAUUGCUACCAACAUUGCAGAGACUAGCAUUACCAUAGAUGAUGUAGUUUAUGUGAUAGACGGAGGAAAAAUAAAGGAGACACACUUCGACGCGCAGAACAAUAUAAGUACAAUGUCUGCUGAAUGGGUUAGUAAUGCUAAUGCCAAACAAAGGAAAGGUCGAGCUGGAAGAGUUCAGCCUGGUCAUUGCUAUCAUCUGUAUAAUGGUCUUAGAGCAAGCCUUCUAGAUGACUAUCAGCUGCCAGAAAUUUUGAGAACUCCUUUGGAAGAACUUUGUUUACAAAUCAAGAUUUUAAGGCUUGGUGGAAUUGCUGAUUUUCUGAGUAGAUUAAUGGAUCCACCAUCAAAUGAAGCUGUGUCACUCUCCAUAAAACAUCUGAUGGAACUGAAUGCUUUGGAUAAACAAGAAGAAUUGACACCUCUUGGAGUCCACUUAGCACGAUUACCAGUUGAACCACAUAUUGGGAAAAUGAUUCUUUUUGGAGCUCUGUUCUGUUGCUUAGAUCCAGUACUCACCAUUGCUGCUAGUCUCAGCUUUAAAGAUCCCUUUGUUAUUCCACUGGGAAAAGAAAAGAUUGCAGAUGCAAGAAGAAAGGAAUUGGCAAAGGAUACCAAAAGUGACCAUCUGACAGUCGUGAAUGCAUUUGAGGGUUGGGAAGAAGCCAGACGACGUGGUUUCAGAUAUGAAAAAGACUAUUGCUGGGAAUAUUUUCUCUCUUCAAACACACUUCAGAUGCUGCAUAACAUGAAAGGACAGUUUGCUGAGCAUCUCCUUGGUGCUGGAUUUGUAAGCAGUAGAAAUCCUAAAGAUCCAAAAUCUAAUAUAAAUUCAGAUAAUGAGAAGAUAAUUAAAGCUGUCAUAUGUGCUGGUUUAUAUCCUAAAGUUGCCAAGAUCCGUCUAAAUUUGGGUAAAAAGAGAAAAAUGGUGAAAGUUUAUACAAAAACUGAUGGACUGGUUGCUAUUCAUCCUAAAUCUGUUAAUGUGGAACAAACAGAAUUUCACUACAACUGGCUUAUUUAUCACCUGAAGAUGAGAACAAGUAGUAUAUACUUAUAUGACUGCACAGAGGUUUCCCCAUACUGUCUCUUAUUCUUUGGAGGUGAUAUUUCCAUCCAGAAGGAUAAUGAUCAGGAAACUAUUGCUGUAGAUGAAUGGAUUGUCUUUCAGUCUCCAGCAAGAAUUGCUCAUCUUGUGAAGGAAUUAAGAAAAGAACUAGAUACCCUUCUGCAAGAGAAGAUUGAAUGUCCCCAUCCUGUAGACUGGAAGGACACUAAAUCCAGAGACUGUGCAGUACUCUCUGCUAUUACAGACUUGAUCAAAACACAGGAAAAAGCAACUUCCAGGAACUUACCGCCACGAUUCCAGGAUGGAUAUUACAGCUGACAACUUUUCUGUGCUGAUCUGAAAAGACAGUUUAACAGCCACUUUUCAUCAGUUUAAUUUUUGGCUGGAUGCCCAACCCUGGAACAUGAGUAAUUUUCAUAUGCAAGGUAGAAACCUUCAGUAGGUAGUGAAAACUUAAUGUGCAUGACUUAACAAUGUUAUCUGUAGCUAUUAUAAAUAUAUCAGAAAAAGAAAUAUGUUCUCUGAUCAUAUACUUUGAUGUGUUGUACCACUUGAGAAAUUGCUUUGUUUUGUUACAAAAGUUUUCCUGCCCACAAUGACUGAUUAGCUAUAAAACCAGUAAAAAUAGAUUGGUUAGCCAAAAAGCAGUGUCAAAACCAAAUUUGAACUUUUUUUUCAUUUUUUUAAUGAAAUUUCUAUCAGAAGUAAAUAAAACCCAGUAUCUAAUAAAAUAUGCAGUGUGUUAAUCUCAGCUAACUUUUGGCUUGGUUUCUAUAUUUCCACUUAUCCCUUGGUUUAUUUGAUUUUUUUUUUUUAUCUUUUUAGAAUAUAUUUAUACUCCUUUUGCAUCACCCUAUGUAGCAUAAUGUAGCAAUUGACAGUGAUCACCUAAAUUAAGCUCUGUUCCUUAUUUAGAUGUCUUGGGCAAGUUACUUGGCUUCUUUUACUUUCUUUAUCUGUAAAAUAUAGGAAACAGUUGUGAGGAUUAAAGAUGUGAACAUGUAAAGCACAUAGACUAGUACUUGACAGGUAGAGUGUACUAACUAAAUCUUAGUUAUUUUUCACUGAAAUUUUUUUAAUAACAAUCCAUUAUUAUACUGUUUUCUAGUCAGUGCUAUUUUACUCUCAGCCAAUGAAAGCUAGUGUGACGUGCUUUAUUUUUUAGCCCUAUCAGAUUAUGACAAAUGCUAUUGUCAUUUUUCAACAGCCAAUUUGCCCCUCUCUUAUUGCUUAUUCAAGUGGUCCCUUUCCGUGCAGCCUGUUCCUGGGUAUGUUGAACACACUUCCCCACAACAAUCACUUGGGGAUUGUUCUAAGCCUGACAUGGUCUUACUCCCCUUGAAGUACCUGAUGAGGUAUGAGAAUGUGAAUCUGUCCUAGCCAGUGGCAAUUGAUGAGAUAUGCAAGGGGGCAUCUUCACAAAUAGAGGACAUUUUGUUUUCUUUUGUCUUUGCUGAAUCUGGUACUGAGAACUGCCGCAGCCAUGUUAGGAUUCCAGUGAAUGCUGAGGUUGAGUCAGUACAAAGUUGGAAAUCACCAGUAGUUGGUCAUGUUAGUGAACUGCUGAAUUGUCCAAUUCUAGAGUGAGCUACAUAACGACUUACCUUGAUAGUAAAAAAAAAAAAAAAAAUCAAUUAUUUUAGCCACUUUUAGUAGAAUAUUUUGUAUAACUUGGAAGAAAACAACUGAAACACUAUCCAUCAUUGCUUGAGCCAGUAUUUCUACCAUUUAUUCUGUGAUCUAACAGUUUCAUGAAAGAUAUAAAGGGGUAGUACUGGACAUAUUGUAAAAUAAAAGCAAAACAGAAAGAACAUCUUGCUGCAACCUAAAAAAUAUUUUAUUGUGCCUUCAAACAAAUACAAAGGAAGAGGAUCAUACAAUGGCUGGAAUUUCUUGAUAAAGCUGUGACCAUCAGUUAACAGGUACUGCUCCCAUUUAUGGGAUUAUCAGUCAUCUAUCAAUGCCUUCCAAGGUUUGGACUGCAGUCUGUGUCCGAGUCUGUUUUCUUGACUCAUCUCCCAAAAGUGACGUCUCUCACUGAAUUCUUCCUUUGAGUCAUAUCACAUAUUGUCAUUGUUAAUUUUGUCCCUGAAGUCAGGGUGACCAUUGGGUCCUCUUUGCUCUCUAAGAGUGUUUCUGCUUGAUCUCUUCUUUUUUGGCUUUUACUUGGCCAUUUAAAUUCAGUCAAUUGGCCAAAAUGGUCUUGAAGGAAAGCAUUCAAAGAAUCUGUAAGUGCAAGUUACUAGUUCAUUGGUUCUAUAUUUGCAAACCCUAUAGAGGGGGAAAUUAUUCCCAAAAAUUGUUUAAUAGAUAAGAUAUUCAGAAAUUGUAGCAGUUACUAUCACCCCUAAUUUAUGUCUUCAGCUGGUCAGGAUGAAAUUCUAUUCAAAACUGCUGCUGUUCUAUUCUUUUGUUUAUAAAAAAGUGUUACUGAGUGGAAAAUAUGUUUCAGGUCUAAGAACUGUUAUUUGCUGGUUUUAAAGAAAAGAUAUUAAAUUAAGAAGGAAAACCUGUUUGCCUCUCUUGCCUGAGUGAUGCAGAGGAUAAUUCUUGAACAAUUAAUUCUGAAACAGAAACUUAUGGGAAAAAACAAACCACUGAAUAAUCCUUAAAAGCAUCUUUGAGAAGUGAGCCCUAAUUCAUGAACUUGGGCAAAAGCUUUAUUAUACCAUUCAGUGUAAGUGGUUUUCCAUUCUUACAGUACUUUAAAAAAAAAGAAAAAUUGCCCCCUGAACAUUUAAAAUUUAUAUAAAAGCUUUGAAAUUUAUUUUAGUACCCACAUACCCAAAGAUUACCUUCUUUUUUACAUUGAGUUUAUGUAUAUUUAUUUUUAAAUAAUUGUGAUCAUGUGGUAUAAUCAUAUAUUUACAAUACGCUAAUUGUUAAGUAGCAUUUUUGUUCUAAUAUUAAAACAAUACAUCUCGUAGAAUUUUUGGAAAUUGAACAUAGAAGCAUGUUAUUACUUAUGUUUUGGUAUAUCCGUAUUUUUUUAAGCUUUAAGUUAUUUUAUAUAUAAUAAAAUUAGCCAAUUUAAGUGUAUAAUUAAGUGAAUUUUGUCAGAUGUAUAAAGUCAUGUAAUUCCUACCUCCACAUUCUUCACAUUCCUAUCUCCUAAAAAUUUCCCUUAUUCCCAUUUGCAUUCAAUCCCCUGGCCCUUCUUCUACCCACUGGCAACCACUAAUCUGCUUUGUGUCCCUAGUGUUGCCUUUUCUAGUAUUUCAAAUAAAUGAAAUCGUAUGUAGCCUUUUGUGUCCAACUUCUUUCA